CUGACGUGAAUGCGGAAGACAAACACGGGCGUAGCUCAUGUCGUAGUUGUCGUAAGUUCACUCCGCUGGAGCUCCAUGGUACAUUGUGAGGUUUCCUAAAUUUUGACUCGUCUCAUCAGUACAUAACCAUGUGGCCAAAUCAAGGGCCUCCCCCUCCGGUAGGCCCACCAAACCCUGCCUACCCUCCAGGCUACAACCCUGCAUUUCCUGCUGGACCUUCUCCAGGACUCUUUCCCCAGCCUACAAAUCCAGCAUACCCACCUGGCCAAUACCCAGCUGGUAUGAACCCAGCUGUGGUACCAAAUGCGCCUCCAGGUGCAAUGCCUUAUGGGGCCCCAGGGUCUCAUUAUCCUACUGCUCCAGGUGGAUUUCCAGUGGUCCCUCCUCCAGGUGUUCACCCAGGUCCAUAUCCUCACUCUCCAAAAGGGGGACACCACAAAGGUCAUCAUCAUGGGGGCAUGAAUCCCAUGGCUGCUGCGUUAGGUGGAGGAUUGGCGGGAAUGGGAAUGGGGGUGGUCGGACACAAAGCCCAAAAAAAGAUGAAGAAGAAGAUGAAAAAAGCCCACAAGCACGGGCACCACAAACACGGCAAGUCGUCCAGCAGCAGCAGCAGCAGCAGCAGCGACUAAGACCCCGCUUUCACAGAAGUGCUGCUUUACACUAACGGUGGACUUACUGUUAACCAUGAAUACCCAAAGGUCUUUCAUUUCAUUAACAAUGUAUCUGGGAAAACACAGUAUUACCAUUUAUUUACUUACAGCUAAUUAUAACACUAGAAAUCUGUAAAUUGUGAGCUUGUCCUCUGCAUUUCUGUAUUGACAUUCUACGGUCAUUUAGUUCAAAUGUUAAAUCUAUGUGGUUAUAUAAAAUACAUCAACUACUAUGCAAUUGUAGUGUAACAUGAAGAGUGGCACAUGGUUCUGCCCCUGACCUGCAUUAAAGCUGAUUUCAUCACGUGCUGAUUACUGGAA